AAGAAUGAAAAGAUCCUUCUAACUCUCAAUAUCCUAUCUCUCUCUUUGAUUUUCUCCUCACCUUCUUACAACUUGGUCAAUUCCUAGUAUUGUAUUUAACCCUCUACUUUCAUUGUGCUAUCAUCAGAUAUUUGAGAAGAAGUGUUACUUACACCUGAAGAAGGAUUUUAUUAUUUGUGUAUUGUUGAAAUCCUACUAAGAAGAAAUUAAAGCAAUGGAAUUCACAAGUUUGGUUGAUACUUCCUUGGAUUUGAGUUUUAGACCUCUUCCAGUUCUUGAUAAAGUGGCGAAACAAGAAGUUCAGAGUAAUUUCACUGGAUUGAGCAGAGACACUAUGCUGGUGAAAGAUGAGGCAGGUGAUUUGUUGGAGGAACUGAACAGAGUGAGCAGUGAAAACAAGAAGCUAACAGAGAUGCUCACAGUAGUGUGUGAAAAUUACAAUGCUUUAAGAAACCAAUUAAUGGAGUAUAUGAACAACCAGCAGAAUAAUGGUGUAGUAGAUGAUAGUGCUGGAUCAAGGAAAAGAAAAGCUGAAAAUAUCUCCAAUCCCAACAACAACAACAAAAACAACAACUUGGAUAUUGUUUGUGGACGUUCAUCAGAAAGCAGCUCAAGUGAUGAAGAGUCUAGUUGCAAGAAACCUAGAGAAGAGCACAUAAAAACUAAGGUUUCUGUUGUUUCUAUGAAGACAGAAGCAUCUGAUACUUCUCUUAUUGUAAAGGAUGGUUAUCAGUGGAGAAAGUAUGGUCAGAAAGUAACCAGAGACAAUCCUUCUCCAAGAGCUUACUUCAGGUGCUCUUUUGCUCCUGGCUGCCCCGUCAAGAAGAAGGUGCAAAGAAGCAUAGACGAUCAGUCAAUUGUGGUGGCAACAUAUGAAGGAGAACAUAACCAUCCAAUAAACCCUUCAAAACCAGAGGCAGCUGCUGGUACUACUACUACUACUACUACUACUACUUCCAGCGGCAGCCGUUUAAAUGUGAGAACUAUUGUGGGUACUACUGCUUCAGUCCCUUGCUCUACCACUCUCAAUCCCUCAGGACCAACCAUUACUCUCGAUCUUACUGAACCUAAAACAGUUGCAAAAGGCGAUAUCAUGAAGACGAGUAGCAGUAUUAGUCCUACAGGCGGCAAUAGACAUAGGACAACAGAAAGGGAUCACUAUAGUAAGCCAGAGUUUCAACAGUUCUUGAUAGAGCAAAUGGCUUCUUCAUUGACUAAAGAUCCAAGUUUCAAAGCAGCACUUGCUGCUGCCAUUUCAGGAAAAAUUCUCCAACAUAAUAAUCAAACAAGUAGAUGGUAAACGAAAGUCCUGCACACCAGUCAAUUUCUAUUUAUGGAUAGGCUAGACAAUUGUUCAAUGUUUUCCAACUUAGACUCAUUUGGAAAGUUCAGUAAAAAAAAAAAAAGAAACAAGUUGUUCAAUGUAAAUACAGAAAAAGUGUAGCUUUCGAGACGCAAAGUUGGACUGGAAAGUGCACGUGAGAAUGGGAUCUUGCCAUGGACUAAUUAUCAACAGCAGCCAUAUUGGGUCCUGCAUAUGGACCAAACUUGUUCUGAGUUUUUGCUAGAUUGAGACUGCAUGGUCCUUAACAUUUAAGUUGUUGAAUUUGACAACGUUGGAGAAUAUUGAAAUGAGAUUAAGAAAUAUCCAAUUAUAUUUGCUUCUGGAUGCUCAGCUAA